GCACUGUUGCUUGCGUUCACAAAAUCAUUGAUAAAUCCAGUUUAUUCGCUCCUGCGUGAUAACCUUUUAACCAUGCGCCGAAACAGGUUUAUUUAAUUGGUUUUGCCGAUUCCGUUGAUCGCCUAAGGAUUUUAAAAAAAGCUACACAAAUCUUUGUUUUUACAAAGUCGUUUGCACAGCGUUGGAUGAUCAUACUCUUCUGAUCAUAAUUUGAUUUUACUGGAGUAGGCUACAACCCGCAUGUGAAGGCAUGAAUAUGAAUCGUUCAGAAAUUUAUUUAAAAUUCGGACACCUGUUUUCAAAGAAUUUCUCUUUUUGGAGCCAUCAUAGAAACCAGAGUCAUAAUUUUCGGGAGGCGAUCCCUUUCACGGAUGACGUUCUGUUUGCAGGACAUGAGCCAGCAACAAUCGCACUCGUAGUGAUGUACACUUUGUCAUUCACCAUCGGACUGGGGGGCAACAUUAUGGCACUGGCAGUCCUCACCAGGAGAAGAAAUCGCCUUGCUUCCGUCUCAGCGACCAGAAGACUGUUGAUUAAUCUAGCUGUUUGUGACAUGAUGGUGGUGUGCGUUUGCAUGCCUGUUAAUAUUGGUCAUCAGGUAUAUAACGCCUGGGUUUUCGGUGACUUUUUGUGCCGUGCAGUCCCCUUUGUUCAAGCUGUGUCAGUGUCGGCGAGCGUUCUGAGCCUUGCCGUGAUCAGUCUUAACAGAUACUAUAGUGUUCACAAACCCCUGCAUGCCAGGUCAUUUUUCACGAAUAGAAAAAUUAUUUGCAUGAUUUGUGUGGUAUGGACCCUGUCCUCGGGACUGUGUUUGCCACUGGUCUUCAUGAACAGGACAAAGACACUGGUGUUGAUGGAUGGCAAGCAUGCCAUCACAGUGUGCAUGGAGAGCUGGCCCAAAGUCAAACUACGUCAGGGGUAUAACUUUUUAUUGUUCUGUGCCUUAUACGGAUUCCCUGUUUUAUUCAAUCUUGUAAUCUGUUUUAUGACUGGGCGAAAAUUGUGGUGUACAGGUGACACAUUCAAAGAGUGCAACAAGUGUAAUUUGGUGCAGUCGGUCUCUCGGCAAAAAGUGCGGAAAAAAAUUGCCAAGAUGGUCGUCGCACUAGUUUUACUAUUCACUUUGUCCUGGCUGCCGCUAUACGUAGUUGACAUCUGGAUCGACUUCAACAUGCCAAAUGCUUUAGGAGGAGAUGAGGAACUGGACGAUGUGAAGCACCAAUGGAUCCUGCAAGGGAGACCUUUUGCACAGUGGCUGGGUUUGACAAACUCGGCUCUUAAUCCCCUCUGUUACUGCUUUGUGGGGAACCUGUAUAGGUCUGCGCAAAAAUUUAGAAAAAGCUACAGAGCCAAACUCUCCUCAGUCUUCAGCUUACAUCUAUCGCAAUCUUCAACCAGCACAACUUCUGUGCCUACGCUUUUAUCUUACAGUCGCCCUAGCUCGGAAAAAUGUGGGGCGGAGAUGCGCGCAUGGCGAACCUGUGCAGGUUUCACUGCCAAUUCGGCGAUAAGCAAAAGCGUGUCUUCUGUGACUGUGUGUGAAACUGUAUUUGACUAACACCAUUUGGACACGUGGACCUGAUUCAAUUUGGUAAACUUUGGAUCGAAUUGAAAAGUCAUAUCUUAAAUGCAUACAUUAAUCAUUGAAUUAUGAACUGUUGUGGUUUAUUUGUUGCUGAUUGUAAAGACUGAUAGCGCACAACUCCUAAAUACACUUCUACAUUGUUAUGGUUAUGGCCAUUGUGUAGCGUGCUGUUCAUCGUUGA